UCAACGCUCCACAUCGCUUCCGACUUCCUGUCGCUCCACAGUCCUUCCGAUGGCGGCUCGCCUGUUCUCAAAGGCCCCAUCUUGCCCCGCUGCGGACUCCGUCGUGCCGUGACCUGUACCGAGUCGUAGGAAGGACUCGGGGGACUCAGGAAACUCAGCAAUGGAGAACCCAGUAACAUCAACAGGUGACAUCUCAGCAGCAAAAAGGAAGAUCAGGAGGCAGAGGGAUAACAUAUUCAAAGUGCACGAAGAAAAAACCUGUUAACCAAGAAUCCUAUAUGCACCAAAACUACCUUGUAAAAUGUAAAGAUGAAAUAAAGACUUUCUCAGAUAAAGAAAAACUGAGAAAAUCUAUUAAUAGCCAACUGUCUUACGAGAUUACUGAAGGAGUUCUUCACUUUCAAACCAAGUGACCCAGGAUGGUAAUUGAUAUCAACAUAAAGAAACAAAAACACCAGUAAAGGGCUCAGUGACCAUUGAGGAUGUGGCUGUGAUCUUCACCCCAGAGGAGUGGGCUUUACUGGAACCUUCACAGAAGAAACUCUACAGAGAUGAAAUGUGGGAAACCUUGAGGAACCUGGCGUCAGUAGGAGAACAAUGGGAAGAUCGUGACAUUGAAGAUUGGUACAAAACCCAGGGGAGAAAACUAAGAAGUCAUACGAUAGAGAGACUCUGUGAAAGUGAAGAGGGUAGUCAACGUGGAGAAAACUUGAGCCUUAUUCCAAAUCUCAAUCUGAACAAGAAAACUACUGGAGUGAAACCACAUGAAUGCAGUGCAUGUGGAAAAGUCUUCAUGCGUCAUUCAUCCUUUCAUAGGCACAUCAGAUGUCACACUGGACACAAACCAUGUGAAUAUAAAAAAUGUGGAAAGAAGCCAUAUAAAUGUAAGUACUGUGGAAAAACCUUCUGUUAUCUCCAAUUUUUUGAAACACAUGAAAGAAUUCACAAUGGAGUGAAAACCUGUAAAUGUAAGGAAUGUGGGAAAACCCUUAGUUGUUCCCGUUUACUUCAGAUACAUGAAAGAAGUCACACUGUAGAGAAACCCUAUAAAUGUAAGGAAUGUGGGAAAGUAUUCAUUUAUCCCAGUGCAUUUCGAAUACAUGAAAGGAGUCACACUGGAGAGAAACCCUAUGAAUGUAAAAUAUGUGGUAAAGCCUUCAAAUUUUCCAGUAAUGUUCACGUACACGAAAGAACUCAUACUGGAGAGAAACCCUAUAAAUGUAAAAAGUGUAGUAAAGCCUUCACUUGUCCCAGUUCUCUUCAAAGACAUGAAAGAACUCACACUGGAGAGAAACCCUAUGAAUGUAAAAAAUGUAGUAAAGCAUUCACUUCUUCCGGUUCUCUUCGAAGACAUGAAAGAAUUCAUACUAAAGGGAAAUCCUAUGAAUGUAAGGAAUGUGGGAAAGAUUGUUUAACUCUCACAAAGCUUGAAGCACACAUGGUCACUCACGGUGGAGAUGGACCUUAUAAAUGUAAGGAAUGUGAGAAAGCAUUCUUUUCUCCCAGUGCCUUUCAACUGCAUGGAAGGAGUCACAAUAGAGAGAAAGUGUAUGAAUGUAAAACAUGUGGUAAAGCCUUCAGUCGUUCCAGUUCUGUUCAACGACAUGAAAGGACUCACACUGGAGAGAAACCCUAUGAAUGUAAAACAUGUGGUAAAGCCUUCAGUUGUUCUAGUUCUGUUCAACGACAUGAAAUAACUCAUACUGGAGAGAAACCUUAUGAAUGUCAGGAAUGUGGGAAAGCCUUCAUUUGUCACACAGACUUUCGAAGACACAUGAGAGUGCACACUGGAGAGAAACCGUAUAAAUGUGAAGAAUGUGGGAAAGCUUUCAGUGAUUACAGUUCCUUAAAAAUGCACAAAAGAAUUCACACAGGAGAGACACCCUAUGUAUGUAAGGAAUGUGGUAAGGCUUUUGUUUCUCUUCGAGGUUUCCAAAUACAUGAAAGAAAUCACACUGGGGAGAAACCCUAUGAGUGUAAGGAAUGUGGGGAAGCCUUCAGUUAUACCAGUUCUCUUCGAAAACAUGAAAGCGCUCAUACUGGCAAAAACCCCUAUGAGUGUAAAAAAUGCAGUAAAGCAUUCACUUCUUCCAGUUCUCUUCGAAUACAUGAAAGAACUCAUACAGGAGAAAAACCCUAUGAUUGUAAGGAAUGUGGAAAAGCCUUCAUUUCUCUCAGAUAUCUUCGAAGACAUGAAAGAAUUCAUACUGGAGAGAAACCCUAUAAAUGUCAGGAAAGUGGCAAAGCCUUUAUUCCUCAUGAAAAGUUUUGAGGAUAUGUGAGAUGGCACACUAGAAUAAAAAUCAUAUAAAUGUAAAGAAUGUAGGAAAGCUUUUGUCAUCCCAGUUCUUUCUGAAGGCAUGAAAGGACUCACUUAAUAAAAACCUCUUGAAUGUAAAGUGUGGGAAAGACUUCAAUUGGCCCACAUUCUUCUAUGUGAAACUCCCACCAGGAAGAAAUAAUAAAUUUAAGUCUUAUGAGAAAGGUUGAUGGAAAUUAACUUGUCGAUAAUGUUCUAGAAAACUUUCAGCUUGAAAGAGUUGUCAUAAAAGUCGUAAAUAUAUUGUUUACCAAGGCUCUUUCUCAAAUUGCAGCAUUGGAUUUUGGAUUUCUAUUAAUUACUUUCAGAAAUGAAUAUUGAGGUGAGAGAACUCUGCAGGUCAUCCUUCAUCAAUAGUACAUAAAAAUUAAUAGGUGGUGGUUUUUCCUUUAUCAGUUAAUAUUUUCUGUUUAAUUUUUUCAUAAGGUUUUAAUUGUUCUAUUAAGGCAUCAUUGAAAAAUGACAGUUUGUAUUUGUUGAGAUUUUCUUACUGGCCUUGUAUUGCGGUUCCUGGAUAUGCCUCAUCCACUGUAUGUAUCAGACCUUUCUUAGAGAAAGCUCUAUUUUCAGGCUGAUGGGUAUAGGAGCCUGUUUUUAUUUUCCAUACUAUUAAACAGUUGAAACAAAUUUUUAUGUGCGGCAAGUUUAUCAAAGAGUAUAGUUUCCUGGGAAUUCUUGUUUUCAUGUUUGGGCCUUUGCUCUUUGUCCUUCCUUCUGAGUGGUAUUUGGUGAAGAGGCUUUGAAUUAAGUAGAGGCCUUUGAGAGGGCAAGAAAAUCUAGAGCUGGACAUAUCACUCUAUUGUGUUAUGUCAGUGAGGGUAAUAUGAAGAACUAGAUCUUUAAGAAUGCAUCCCCUGGCGCCGGCCCAGUGGCGCAGCAGUUAAGUUUGCAUGUUCCGCUUCAGUGGCCUGGGGUUUGCAGGUUCACAUCCCGGGUGCUGACAUGGCACCACUUGUCAAGCCGGGCUGUGGCAGGCGUCCCACAUAUAAAGCAGAGGAAGAUGGGCACGGAUGUUAGCUCAGGGCCAGUCUUCCUCAGCAAAAAGAGGAGGAUUGGCGGCAGAUGUUAGCUCAGGGCUAAUCUUCCUCAAAAAAAAAAAAAAAACCAAUGCAUGAGGUUUCAAAGGCAGAAGCAAACAAGGUGUUAGUCAGAUUUUGGAGCCACCACACAGGGAGAGAGACAGUUACGUAGGAGCCUCAAGGAAACCACUUUCCAGCCCAUUUUCUUGCCCUUCUAGUCAAGAGUAUCUUGAAAAUCACCACCAACUGUUUGAUUUCCGUUUUCUUACAGAUGUAUUUUCCACUGAUGUUUUCACAAGUUUCACAUCAAAGAUCCAUUAGAGUUAGGAUUUUUCUGUAAGGCCUCUUGUGUCCACCAGGAGACUAAUCCAGACCUUUGUGGUUGGGAGUGUUCUCUGGUUCCCCUCCUCUCUGGGUGAUGUCUAGUUGUAUAGGAAACACCUUAUGCUGUUAAUAGUGCCAGUCAGCAUGUUUUCCUGAUUCACUGCAAUAUCUACAAUGGGGCAUAAAAGGAAAGACCUGCGAGUUUGUUUCUCUGCUGCCUUGUGCUGCCUUGACCCAGUUCUUCUGCGUGAGAACAGUCACCUCUCUCAUGUCAGGAAGAUGCUGUGUGUGUUUCCUGUUACUUGUAGCUGAAUGUAUUCUCUCAAUAUGUUUUCAGUAAUGUUUGAAUGUAUGUCAUUAAACAUAUGUCCAUUUCUUGGUGAAAUGAAGACUUCUGUAGUUGUUUCAUUGAUUAUUUUGUCAACUAUUCUAAUCCAUUGUGUGCUAAUAAAUAUUGUGGUUUUCAUUUCUUCAGAGAAAAUAUUAAAAUCCAUUUUAAUUAUGGAUUUUCAGA